GGAUGAUGCAACAACUGAAGAGAUUAGACUUGCCGUUGAACUAGCUAAUGCUUCAAAAUUCAUUGGCAUGAUGCCCGAGGUUGAUCUUCACCUUCCAAUACUAUUAUGUUGUUGUUUUAAAUACACGAACGUCUAAAUUCUUGAACUGGUGAUCUACAGGGACUGGAUACCAUGGUCGGAGAGCAUGGAAUUCAACUAUCUGGGGGCCAGAAACAAAGAAUUGCGAUUGCUCGAGCUAUUCUAAAGAAGCCAAAAAUAUUAUUGCUUGAUGAAGCAACUAGUGCUCUUGAUGCAAAAUCUGAAAGAAUUGUACAGGAAGCAUUGGAUAAAGUCAUGAAGAACCGUACGACUGUUGUAGUUGCUCAUCGUUUGAGCACAGUGAGAAAUGCGGAAUCUAUUGCUGUUAUGUGUCGCGGUUCCAUUGUUGAAAAAGGUUCGCAUGAGGAGCUUGUAAAGGAUCCAAAUGGCGCAUAUAGCCAGCUUAUUCGUAUGCAGCAAAUGAGAGAAAACUCCAAUCUAUUAACUCAACCUGCUAAUGGCAAAGCAAAGUCUUACUCUGCUGAUGGAUCCAGCCGUUCUCGUCAUCACUCCAUUAGCGGACAAUUUUCUUCAGGGCACAGCAGUCAAUCCUACUCAUUCUCCAGGGGACUGGGACUCUCUAUUGAAAGUGCAUCAGGGCACCAAAACGAACAGCAGAAUCCAGAAAAACGAAAGGAAGUUCCUCUCAGUCGCCUUGCCAGCUUAAACAAGCCAGAGAUCCCACUAUUGCUGCUUGGUUCGUUAUUUGCAAUAGUUAGUGGGCUUGUCUUUCCAAUUUUUGGAUUAUUACUAUCCAGUGUUAUAAAAAGUUUGUAUCAACCUCCAAAUAAGCUCAUGAAGGAGACUGAAUUUUGGUCCCUAAUAUUCCUAUUAUUCGGAAUCAUUUCUAUGGUGGCAAUUGCAGCAAGUUCAUACUUCUUUGGAGUUGCUGGAUCCAGAUUGAUAAGAAGGAUUAGAUUGAUGACAUUUGAAAAGAUUGUUAACAUGGAGAUAGCAUGGUUUGAUGAUCCUGAGAACUCCACCGGAGCAAUUGGUGCAAGAUUGUCAUCAGAUGCAGCUACGGUUAGAAGUCUGGUUGGAGAUGCCCUCUCACUGAUUGUUAAGAAUAUCACCACCAUAAUUGCUGGUUUGGCAAUUGCUUUUAAUGCCAAUUGGCAACUCUCUCUUAUCUUUUUGGCAAUGAUACCCCUCCUUGGUCUCACUGGAUUUAUCCAAAUGAAGUCCAUGAAGGGAUUUAAAAAUGAAGCAAAGGUGUGUCUCUAUAGAUUAGCAUAAAUUAUUUAUUUACAUGUAUGCAACAUAUUCGUACUGCAAACUUAACAAUGAGUUUAUGUGUGUGCUCGUGUAUAUUUUGUAUAUCUUAAAAUUGCUGCAUAUCAAGUAUGAGGGAGCAAGCCAAGUUUCUAAUGAAGCGGUGGGAAACAUAAGGACAGUUGCUUCAUACUCAGCUGAAGGGAAGGUCAUGGAACUGUACAAGAAAAAGUGUGAAGGGCCUAUGAGAACAGGGAU